CAAUAAGAAAAUCGACAUCAUCUGGGGAUAAAUUUAAGAUUGUAGUAGCAUUAAAAGACUUUAACCGUUCUAUUACUUCUAUACCACCAACAUUACUAAAGAGCCUGAAAACCUUUUUACCCCUAGAUAUGAUGAUAAAUAAUACUGUAGAUAUCAUAAUGGAAGUUUGGUUACCAGUAGCAACUUCUUCAGACUUACUAGUUUCUAAUCUUGGACGCAUCAAGAACAAAAAAGGGUUAAAAGUCAAUAAUGUUUAUAAAAAUAUUGCUGUUCAUAUUUUAGUUGCACGAGCAUUUAUCCCUAACCCAGAGAAUAAGCCCCAUAUUAAUCAUAUCAAUGGUAUCAAACAUGAUAAUCGGGCCGAUAAUUUGGAAUGGGUAACUCCUAAAGAGAAUGCUGAACGUAGGGUAUUCCCAAAUCACGGCCGUAUAGGAUCCAGAAAAAUUGUGCAGAUAACGUUAGAUGGAAAUGUUGUUCAGAUUUGGGAUUCUAUCCGGUUCGCCAGUAGGGCACUCAAAAUUUCAGAAACUUGCAUUUCAGAAUGUUGUAGUGGGAAGCAAAAAACUUCUGGUGGCUGGCGCUGGAUGUAUUAUGAAGAUCACAUAAAACCCGAUCCAAAUGAAGAAUGGAGAGAAAUAAAACUUGAUUCACGAAAAUUCAGAGUUUCGUCUCUCGGAAGAAUUCAGUUAACAAAUGGUGAAAUCACUCAAGGUUCAUUGCAUAUCGGUUAUCGAAAAGUUGCUCGAGAGGGAUAUCUUGUUCAUCGCUUGGUAGCAUUAGCAUUUUGUCCCAAAGAAGAAGGGAAAGAAUAUGUAAAUCAUAUUGAUGGAAAUCCUACCAACAAUAGCGCAUCCAAUCUCGAAUGGUGUACACAGAAAGAAAACACUCAACAUGCUGUACGUCUCGGGCUUCGUAACUCCAGGGAUAGUAAUAGAUACCAACGUCCUAUUAGGCAGAUUUUUGACGAUGGUUCUACUCGAGAAUUUCCAUCCAUAGCUGAAGCGCAACGUACAACUGGAAUUAACCAGUCAAAUAUCGGUGUAGUAUGUCGAGGACUCCGAGCUUAUGCUGGAGGAUAUCGUUGGGAAGAAUUUUUUAUUAUUGUAAAAAUAGCACAAAAUCGGAAAUACAUGAAGUCUUUAUGCUCGGAAUGUACCUGCCUAUUGUUUCUUGAUUUUUUAGUUGCUGAUUCAUCGCUGGAAGUUUGCAUGAUUGCAAUAGGAGUCAUAUCAGCCAGUUGCGAGACGUACUCAUCACCCGCCAGACGUACUAUUGGGCUAGCAAAAGGCCGGACAUUUUCUCCAUCUCGUACAUCCACCGAGACGUACUCAUCACCCGCCAGACGUACUAUUGGGCUAGGUGGAGACAAGAAGUUUAUGCAUCAUGCUAAGCAUGGGGUCAUAUCGUCACGUUAUACACGUGAUAAUCAUUGUAAGCACCCCUUUUUUGAACUUAAUGCUGGCCAAGGUCCUCAUAAUUCUGGCCAAAAUCGUGAUAAUUCGGACCAGGGUGCUUACUUUCGGGGGUGCUUUCUAACAGCAAAAUACAACUUCAAUAUGGUUUGGGUCCCUCCAGAACAUCUUAAGCUCAUAGUUGACAAUUAUUUCUUUGAAACUAUGUGGAACGACUGGUCCCUUGUUGAGUUUCUUGAGACUAAGAAAAGUCAAAUCCUGGCUGGCCUUCAAAAGAUAGCUGUGCAUCAUUCAUAUAAGAAAGGUUUACAAUUGAUCUUGGAAGCAAAACCACCCGAAGACGUCUCCUUCGCCAUUAUGAAACAACUAACACAAAAAAUGACGGAAAGCGAAGAAGUCAAAAUGUUCUGGAAAGUAAUAAUUUCUGAGAAGAAAUAUAGGGAACAGUUAGCUAAUGUCAGAGCCAGUGCUUCAUUCGAAAGUAAUGUUCUCAAGAUUCGCGGGAAAAGAUUUGCUGAAGAAAUUGAUGAUGUGGCUCAACGAGAUAUAAAGAAAGUGGAACUUGAAAAUGACGAUGAAGAUAUUAGCACACCUUCAAGAAUUAAAUUUGAAACUCAAGUUGAAAAAACAGAAAACGAAAAAGUGGAGUUCGACAAGGAACAAAUCGCGUUUUGGGCAGGCAACGAUAAACAAACUAACAAUCAAAAGUUAAAUUUAUUCUCGACUCCUCAUAAACCGAUCCUUACAUCAUAUAAGUUUGGUAUUAUAUCGUCUAAAGUUAUUCCUGGGUUUAAAUCCCUUAAAAGUACUCUUAAUAUAAGAUAUCCUGAGAUAGUAAACGAGAUCGAAACUCAUGAGGAAGAACAGAGGAUAUUAACUAGCCUAGGAACAACUCUUAAGGUAUGGCUGCGAAAAACUUUAUCGGCAUCCACUCCAGAGGAGUUAUAUGGAUACCUUAGGGAGCAAUUGCAAGGCGAAAACAUCACAGACAGAGACAAAAAAUUAUACGAAAUAUUCGAAUUAACGUUAAAGGAAUUUUAUUUAAUGAUCAAAUACAAUCCAAAAUAUGCUCUCAUGAGGUACAAUUCAGAGAGAAAAUUCCUCGUUGAAAGGGUGUCAACACCAUUUAAACUCGUCGAAUAUGUGUUUGGGACUAUUACGACGUAUUGGAUUGAAAAGGAAAUUAUGUCAACAAAGGCAACAGAGUUCGUAGAUGAUCCAAUUUGUGAGCCAGUAUCUAAGAAAGCUGAUGCACUGGCCACAGACCUUGCAUAUAAUAUAGACGUGAUGAAUAUGGAAUCAUCAGGAGGUCCCUUUCAACAAGAUAGAAAACAUACUCUCGAAGAUUCGGAAAAGAUCUCCAAUACUGGAGUAGACAUUCUUCUCACAAGUCUCCGAAAGUUUCUUGGCGCUAGUGUUGAGACCGCCAAGAAACUUAAAACAUAUAACAUUCAAAUCAUUGAAGUAUCCCUUUAUAAGCCACGGAUAUGCAAAGAAAUUGAAGUCAGAAGCGCCACCUUUCCAUUUGCUUUAUCCUCCAUAGGAGAAUACAUGCGUAUUUUUGAGCUCAUAACAUAUUAUGUGGACGGACUUCACAAGCGCCAAGAGGUCAUACAAGAGUUGUCUAAAGAAAGUAAUGGGAUAAAGGAGAGUUAUGUUACGGAAAAUCAUAUUGAUGUUGUAUUUUAUUAG